AGUGAGCAGCUUCCACACUGAGAAAUUAAGAGCAAAACUUUGUCGCCAUGUCUUUCCGGAGGCUUUGGAGCACCCCUAAAGCAAUGGGGGACGUCAGCAUGGUGACAGAGGAGCUGAAGAAUCUUUAUUACAAGAGGCUGCUGCCAAUAGAAAAAUACUAUUCUUUCCAUCACUUUCACUCACCAAGCUAUGAGGAUGCAGACUUUGGCAACAAACCAAUGGUGCUGGUGAUGGGUCAGUACUCAACAGGAAAGACUACUUUUAUCAGGUAUCUCAUAGAGCAAGAUUUUCUUGGCAGCAGAGUUGGGCCAGAGCCAACUACCGACUGUUUCACUGCCCUCAUGUAUGGAGAAGUCGAGGGAAUCAUCCCUGGGAAUGCCCUGACGAUGGACCCGAAAAAGCCCUUUCGCAACCUUGACCCUUUUGGAAACUCGUUUCUGAACAGGUUUCAGUGUGUUCAGAUGCCAAAUCGGGUCCUCGAGAGCAUCAGCAUAAUAGACACGCCAGGCAUCCUGACUGCUGCGAAAAGAAAACUGAGCCGAGGCUAUGACUUCCCAGCAGUGCUGCGCUGGUUUGCAGAGCGCGUCGAUCGAAUCAUCCUGCUGUUUGAUGCGCAUAAGCUGGAGUUUUCUGAUGAGCUCACACGAGCAUUUGGGGCUCUGUGCGGUUACGAGGACAAGUUGCGUGUGGUUCUCAACAAAGCUGACAGGGUGGACUCUCAGCAGCUGAUGAGAGUGUAUGGCGCCCUCAUGUGGUCACUGGGCAAAGUGUUUCGAACCCCUGAAAUUUUGCGGGUUUACAUCGGAUCUUUCUGGUCCGAGCCGAGGCAGACGUGCGACCACUACCAGCUGAUAGAGCUGGAGGAGGAGGAUCUUUUGGCCGACAUAAGGAACCUGCCACGCAAUGCUGCAGUGCGCAAGCUGAACGACCUGGUGAAGAGGGCGCGCUUAGUGAGGGCUCAUGCACACAUCAUCAGCUAUCUGAAGCAGGAGAUGCCAACAAUUUUUUGCAAAGAAAGCAAGAAGCACAACCUGAUCUACCAGCUUCCUGUCAUUUUUAACAAGAUUCAGCAGCAGCAUCGAGUCCCAGCUGGUGACUUCCCUGACUGCACCAAGAUGCAGGAGAAACUUUUGAGUCAAGACUUCUCAAAGUUCAAGAGACUCAAACCGAGUCUUAUGACCUCCUUGGAUAAACUCCUCACCACUGACAUUGCCAAUCUGGUGCCCUUACUCCAGAAUCAAGAACCAAGAAAGAAAUCUCUCCCUGGAGUGCUGGACGGGGAAUUUUUGGGAACAUUCAGGCCCGACCAUUACAGGAGACACCCAUUCAAGGAACCCCCCAAAGAUGAGGGGAGCGAGGCAGAUUUUGAUGAGUGGGUAGUGGAGAAACACAAGCCUAAGUAUGAUGAGAUUUUCUACAACCUCAGUCCAAAUGCGGGCAAACUUAGCGGAACAAAAGUCAAAGAGUGGAUGACAAAAACUCUUCUGCCCAACUCUGUGCUCGCUCACGUCUGGAGGCUGUCCGAUGUAGACGGGGACGGUAUGCUGGACAAUGAGGAGUUUGCUUUGGCAGUGCACCUUAUUGAGGGAAAACUGGAGGGCCACUGGCUCCCCAGAGAGCUGCCUCCACACCUGGUGCCACCAUCAAAACGGCUAAGUACAGCGAGCGACGCAUCAACGUGAACUUGUUAUCAAAAGGAAACUGAA